AUGAAGCUUCACGUGCUGUCUGCUGCUAUCGUCAGCUUAUUCGCCAUGACUCAAGUCCAAAGCGCUCUCGAGCCUGGGCAGAAGGCCGCAGUCAAGUUCAAACCGCAGCUAAAACUCUCCAACACGUGCCACCCGUACGCCGCAGUCGACGCGCAUGGCUACAUCAGCGGUGGCCUGAAUUCCGAACUUCAUAUCCGAAACAACUGCGGAGGUUCCGACUUGGGCGCGCAGAUCUACGCUCGCUCUGCGUGGCACAGCGACGUGUGGGCCACUGUGUACGCGUGGUAUUUCCCCAAGAACUCAAACAAUGGCGGGGGCCCCCGCAGCCUAUGGAUGUACGCGAUCAUCUGGGUCGGCGGCCCGGGUGUCGGGGCACCGGAGGUUGUUGGAGCAACGCUUAAGACAGACGACGACACGGAGAAGCACGCCCCUGUAGACGCCGACUACAUCGAUGGUACGAGCUUCGAGUGCAAGUUCACUUACAACUUUUGGACGACGAAAGCGAAGCUAACCGCGACGAAGAAGACCGGCGGGUACCAGGACCUCAUCACUUGGGAGCAGCUGCCGGAGGUGGCGAGGACCGGCCUCGCAGGCUACGCCGAUAUGCCUCUGCUGAACGGCACCUUUGAGGAGCUGCUCACGAACGGGUGGCCAUUCUAG